UGCUCAUUUCGAUCGUUGUAAAACAUUGAUACAUUUAUGGAAGGCUCUUCAGGGGAGUUUUCAUGGGACGCGUACAUGCUUUGUUUUCGCUCUGGACUCCUAUUUAAACCCGUUAGAUCAGUGUAAAACCCGGUGCGGACUCCAGGACGAUGGACGCGAUCCCGGUGCUGGACUUCGGCGUUUACAGCCUCGAGUGCGACCCCGAGAGCGUGUCCGAGACCGAGCUCAAGAGACUCAGCCAGAAGAUUUACGAGGCGUUUACUCGGGUGGGCUUCGUGUUUCUGAAGAACACGGGCAUCACCCACGAAGAGGUGUCUCAUGUGAUGAAUGUGUCGUCGAGGUUUUUUUCUCUGCCUGAGAAACAGAAGAUUGUGUUCAGCAGGGGGCGCUAUGAGAACGACAGCAAUCAUGGCUGGGUCUCAAUGGAGACCGAGAGGUUGAACCCUGCCCGCCCUGGAGACCUAAAGGAGAGCUUCAACACAACUCUGCUGUCUCCAGACAUUCUGUGGCCCACAGGUGGCACUCUCUCGGACUUCCGGGAGGUGCAUACUUCCUUUUUCCACCGUUGCACUGCCCUCGGCCUCAGAGUGCUCCGCCUCCUCGCUCUCAGCCUCCACCUGCCCCCAGAGACUUUUGUGAAGGACCACAGCAAGAUUGGUGAACUGGAGAACUGUACAACUCUGCGUUCUAACUUUUACCCCCCGAUUGAUGCGGGCCAGGCCAAACCGGGUCAGCUCCGAUGUGGAGAGCACUCGGACUAUGGCAGCAUCACACUACUGUUUCAGAGCUCACCAGGAAUCCAGGUGCGCAGUGUCUCAGGUGAGUUCAUCUCUGCUCCCUGUCUCCCUGGAGCCGUCCUCGUUAACAUCGCCGACCUGAUGCAGCGCUGGACCAGUGACACCUUCAUCUCUGCCGUGCACCGCGUGCAGCUGCCCCCUCCUGGCGACUCCUCGCAGCGUCAGUCUCUGGCCUUUUUCAUGCAGCCCGACGAUAGCGCUGUGAUUAGUUGCUGCGAUGGCUCUAAUAAAUAUCCUCCUAUCAGAUCGGACCAGUACAUCCACCAGCGCUUUGAGGAUUCCUACGGCAGGAAGUGAUGUAACCAGACUG